AUGGCGGGAUUUCCGCCACUUGCUCCGGUACCUUCCCCCGCAGUCCGGAGGACUAUCCCAUCAGCUGAUUGGGAUGCCUGCUUGGAUGCAUGGAUGAUGUUACUAGGCAUUCGAUUGAAUGUCACAGAUAAGAAGUUUGAAGCUUCAGCUAUAGAAGACCUCUCAGCUGUCUCUUUCUUGGAAUCUUUCUAUCAAUAUGCCGCAGAAGGAGAUCAAGGUUUACAUCAUGGACCUAAAGCUCGACAGCUUCGCAAGCUAUGUUUCUUGACAGCACGACGAUACAUGCUCAUUGCAUUCAAUACUUCAGUGGAGCUAUUCAACUGGAGACUGCUUGGAAAUAUAUGCUCUUGCUAUCCGUCAAGCACGGCAUUAAAGACGACAUUAUCAGAAAUAUGGGACAUGCAUCAUGAAAAGAUAUCAUCCAGCAUAGAAUCAGCCAAAACAUUUAUAAUUGAACAAUUAUCUUCGCCAAUAUCAUCCAAGUCUGCUGGUGUCCUCUCAGAUAUUCGACGUCUGACGAUCUUGGCUUCGGUCUUGCCACCUUCCGGCCAUGUCUUAAUGGCAGGCUCAGACUUUCUAGACACAUUAGCAGAAGUCUACCUGCCACUCAAGACCCAGGAUGAGCUGCGCAGAAUUCUCGUCGCAAACCUCUACGUUGGCCUCGUCUCAUUGUUGAAGGAGCCCUCGACAAACCUAUCUUUGUUACUCGAUCAGCUCUUCAGCCUCAAGGCCGCCGCUGGACUAGGUUCAUCAAAAAAGGAAAGCGAAGCAACAAUAUUGUCGGAUCUCAUUUGCAGCUCUGACAUGCUGCAAAAACUCGAAAAUUACCUCCAAACCCACCCUCAAAGACGAGGAGAAGACCUCCUGAACAGUCUCCGCGUUUAUCAAAUAGAAUCAAAACAUCUGCACCACCGCUACCAGAGGAGGAAGAAGAUAGACAAGGGAAAAGCACCGUCAUCAGGUCUACAUGUCCCACAGGAGCUUCACGCACACAAGAUGUCUCUUGUCUCUCAAGUACAAGACCUCUUCCCAGACCUUGGUUCCGCAUUUGUCGUGCGACUACUAGAUGUCUACAACGACAACCCAGAAACCGUAGUCGCCCACCUCUUAGACGACUCACUCCCCGCCGAACUUCAACUUCUGGAUCGUUCAGAGCAACUGCCACCCCAAGCAGAACCGCAGCAUGACCAUCUCGCACCCAUGGCACACCCUUCACCACCCCUGGACCCCAUCCCAGCACGCAAGAAUAUCUUCGACAAGGACAUCGACAUCGCCGAGCUCAGCCUCUCAGAAAAAGCAAAGGGCAAAUUACGCUUCGGCCGUGCAGACCCAGACCUUACAGCCGACGAAGUCCUCGCAGAUCGCAGUCAACACGAAACCAACAAAGCAGCCAUUCUAUCUGCCCUGGCAACAUUUGAUUCAGACGACGAUGAGCGCGACGAUACCUACGAUGCCGCAGAUGUGGGCGGUACCAUCGAUAGCGGAGCAGCAGGUACAGACGCCGACGCAGAUGCCGACUCCCGAAACCAGCGUGCGCCUACAGGAGAUAACCUUGAUAUGGUGCUGUUCCGCGCGUACAAGACUAACCCGGCAAUCUUUGCUCGGGAUGCUGUUACGCGUCGCUCGCAGCCUCGUGCGCAACUUAAGCGGGAGACUGAUAUGAUGGAUGAGGCUAUCGAGGGCUGGGCGGUUAUGCUUACGAGGGACCCUAAACGUCUUGCUAGACUUGAGGGUCAACUUGCUGUUGAUGCGGGUGGUACUGGUGGCUCUGGAUCUUUGAAUCAGCCUAACUUGGCUCCUACUUCGUAUCGGAAGCCGAAAGCUGGAGAUGAUGAUGACUCUGCGGAUGAGUCUUCUGGUGGCUUUGCCGCUCGUGGAGGUCGCGGAAGAGGUAGAGGUGGACGGGGCCGUGGUGGGCGAGGGCGUGGAGGUGGUCCGUCCCAGCCUGGGGAUCAAGGACAGCAGAGUAACCCUGCGGCUAAUAGGAGGAAGGAGGAGAAUAAGGCCAGCAGGGCUAACCAUAAUCGACGCCAGCAACGAGCUAAGAAGAUCGCGCGAGGUGGUGGGCUGCCUGGUUGA